CCAGGCCAGGCGGAGAUAAGGCUGUAAUGUCCGAUAGUCAGGCCACUUAGCUCCAGCCAGCAAAGCAUUGCAUUAACCCCCUUUUUCAUCAACUUCCAAGGUUGACACCCUGGAAAUCUAUCCAUUUCUCAUUUCCACUGAAGAAACAAUUCAAGAUGGCUCCAUGCAAGAGCGCAGAGGCCGCACUGUCAGCAAUCAAGGAUGACAAGUCCAAGAUCCUAGGAUUGACGAUCAACGGCAACAAGGUUGAACCGGGACAGCAUAUCCCCAAAGCAGAAGCAACUUCUCCCCCCGAGCUAUCUUUCAACACGACCUCCGGCACAUAUCUCGUGAUCAACGUCGAUCUCGAUGCUCCUUUUAAGUCUUUCAACUUCUUGGGCCCCGUUCUCCACUGGGUGCAAUCGGGCUUGACACCUGAGGUGACAGAAGGCGGCACCUCUGUGCUGAAGCCUCACGAUACUCCUGUCAUCGCCAACUAUGCCAGGCCUGGACCCCCGCCCGGAAGCGGGCCGCACCGUUACGUGUUUCUGCUCUAUGAGCAGCCCGAGGGCUUUGACGUGACCAAGUACGCGCCGGCUGGAGGCAAGCCCGUCGGCGUUAGACGCAGGAUGCGGUAUGAUCUGGAUGCGUUUGAGAAGAAGGCAAACCUGGGACCCGUUAUUGCUGCCAACUACUUUACCAGCAACUGAUUGACGCGCGCAUGAUACUUCAUUUGUUUACUUUUGAGAAUUCGAGCACAGACACACGCUUGUAAUGCUGAAAGGAAGAUACCCUCGUCGUAUUAGCUAAUCGAUCUACGCUAACUACUUGUCUUCAACUUAUAAGUCAAGAUUCCAUCUCAUGAUCAGAUAAUAGGUUCUUUAAUUAUCGUCCACAUUAUUAUCAUUGCUGUAAUAAUAUUCCGUUAACGACGACCUACCUAGGUAGGGGGCAUACGUAGGUGGUUAGUUGCACUAGCAGUAUAUUAUGUAAUCUGGGGC